CUCGGUGCGCCCCUCAUUUCCUCUGACUCUGUGUGAGAGUGUUGCAACAAUGAAAGUUUCGGAGAUUUCGAUCAAAUCAACAACCACCGGAACCAACAACAACAAUAACAAUAUCCAGAGCAGUUCGGGGCAACCUCACAAACCAAAACCCCCUUUCAGACCAGCUCAAGAUGACACCAAGCCUGUCCUGCAAGAUCCAAUUCUGAGAUCGGACCCGUUGGAGAAUGAGGAAGCUGUGCUCCGAUUGCCUCCUUUCCCUGUUACCAGUAGAACAAAUCUCGGUCCAAAAUGAGUUCAAUGCUACUAUAUUGUUGUAUUGUACCUUUCUUCUUACGUUUUCUAUCUUUUGGAAUGUGAUGUUGAAUAUGCGUUCAGAACCAAUUGUGCUUCCCUUCAAAUGAGAAUUAUCGGAAUUUCUGUUUUAU